AGGUCAUGGAACCAGCUGCACCACAAUGAACACAAGACAUUUGUUUCACAUUACUUGAGUUGGGUUUUUUUAAUCAUCUGAAACUUUGCUGCCUCUGACUCACAGGAUUGUUCUCACACAAACCUAACUGUUGCUGCAAAUCAGAAAAACUGGAUAAUCUCUCAUCUCAUAUUAUUUAAUAUUUUAAAGAAAUUAUUAAUUUUCAAUGGAUUUUUUUAGGAUUUCAAGCCUUACAGGAGUGCUGGCUACAGAAUAAGAAGAACAGACCAGGUUUUUAUCGGAUUUAUGAAGACAAAUGCAUACUCGACAUACAAAAAAUCGAGAAACCACAUCAUCAUAAAAACAGUAUAAAAUCUUUGCCUCAUCCUUUUGGCAGAUCUUAGUUUUGUGAAAUAUGACCUUCAAUCGGAUAAACCUUAUCGUGCAAAUAACCUUAUUGUGCCUUCUGUCACUCUGCGCGACAUCAGUGGUAGUUAGUGAUGAAGAACCCAACGCAAACUGUGCAGACUUCAACAACACAACAUGGCAAAAAUACAGACGAACGAAAGGUGUACAUGUUCAGUACCUGCUGCUAACACGGAAGAAUGCAGACUGCGCUAGUCUUUUCACCCAACACUGUCUCAGCCAUACACAGAAACAUACUUCACACUUUAACAGUACACUUCCCACUAAAGUCAUUAUUCAUGGCUAUAGUGCCUUAGGCAGGAAGCCCUCCUGGGUGAGUGGACUAGCCCAGGCUUUGUUAGAGAAGGAGGAUGCCAAUAUCCUGGUGGUAGACUGGCUAUGUGGAGCCUCUUAUGCCUACAACCAGGUUGUGGAUAAUUACAAGGAGGUGGCUGUGCAGAUAUCAGUUCUUAUAAAUCAGCUUAAGACCAGUGGUAUCAAUCUGGAAUCAUUCCAUCUCAUUGGCAUAAGCGUGGGAGCACAUGUAGCAGGAUUUGUGGGAACUUUAUUUGGAGGCAAACUGGGCCGAAUUACAGGACUGGACCCAGCAGGGCCCAUGUUUAAAAAAGCUGACCCAUUUGACCGCCUGGAUCCCUCAGAUGCAAUGUUUGUUGAGGCUAUACACACCGACUCUGACUAUUUUGGCAUUUCUAUUCCUGUUGGACAUGUGGAUUUUUUUGUAAAUGGUGGACUGGACCAAACUGGUUGUGUACGGUCAAGUUUUGCAUCAGUAUAUGGCUAUGUAAUCUGUGACCAUAUGAGGGCGCUGCAUGUGUACAUGAGUGCACUAAAUGGCUCAUGUGAGCUCACUGGAUUCCCUUGUUCCAGUUAUGAAGACUUCCUGGCCGGGCAAUGUACAAGCUGUGAUGGUCCCUUUAACAACGUUUGCCCUCAGAUAGGCUUGCUGAAGAACAGUGGGAUAACAGAAUCAUCAUUACCCAUCCAUGAAAAAGUCUACCUAUUGACUACGUCUGGAGUCCCCUUUUGCGUUAAUCACAUAAUGAUUGAGCUGAAAGUGUCCCCACUGUCAAAGAGUGCAGUGGUGCAGGUCACUCUGGUCACUAUGCAAAACAUCAAGACAAAGAAGGAGUUCCAGCUACAGACCUACAAAGCCAUUUAUAAAACCGUGGUAGGACACCCAGAGCAUCUAUGCAAGAUUGAGUCCAUCCAUUUAAAGAAUAUUGGAGCAUUUUUAUACCGACAAGGAAACAUUCACUUUGAAUACAUCUGUAUCUCUAAAAUCCCCAAGACGAGAACGAUGGAUACAUUGUGUGUGGAGAACAUAAAGAUUGGCAGGAGUGCACCCUGGUCACAUGACUUUAUCCAGGCAUGCUGAAUGCCACAGGGGACAGAGGAACCCAAUGGAAUGGAAACAUUUGGAAGAUGCAUCUUAUAAAUCCACCAAUUAACAAAGCACACACAUAAGAACUGCAUAUGUAAAGAUAUCAUCAUUUAAUAGUGUUUCAUUAAUAAGCAAAUAUAAAUCAUGGAUAGUGUAAAAAAUACCAUUUAUGUAUUAUUAUUAGUAUAAUAAUAUAUAAUAUUAAUAAUGUAUAAUAAUAAUGUAUUAUUCAGUAUUCAAGAUGUUCAGUCAGAUAUUACAGAGCAAUUAUACAGUUAUACUUUUUAGCACUGUUUAAUUACUGGAGUUCUGUUUGAUGAUAUUGUUCCUCUUAAUACAAAAUAAUGCAAAAAUGUUAUGCAUUUCUGUUAAAUUGAUCAUGUUGAAAUCUCAAGUGCUUUAUUAGCUAACAUAUAUAAGUUCUGAUAUACAGUUGCUUGACGAUUUGUUUAUAUUUAAUGUAUAGAUUAUUUGUUAAUAACAAUGAUCAGGCAUAUUUAUGUUUAACAUUUGGUAAUUAAAAUGUAGUUUAAAGCUUAUUCUACUGAAGGCACAUUGCAGACUGGGAUUAAUAUCAGCUAUGAACUGAUUUUUCACUGAGGUUUUAUUAUGGAUAAAAUUGGCCCCAUGAAAAUACAUUCAUUCUGUAUAGUGAAUUAAAGACUUACAUAAAGUA